AUGUCAGAUCAUUCCACGCCUAUCGACAAACCUCAAAGUCCUACCUCAACGACAGACGCUGAAAAUGAUAAACGUUUCCAAAUAGAAUUGGAGUUUGUUCAAUGUCUGGCAAAUCCGUGGUAUCUCAAUAAUCUUGCGCAAAGAGGAUUCUUUCAAGAUCCUGCAUUCCUUAACUAUUUAAAUAUGGUCGGUCGUUCAUUGAAUAGUCAUACCUCACACCUUUCAUCACUUGUAUUAUAUUCGCUAUAUGAUAUUCGUGCGACUCAUAAAUUUAAAUACCAAUCGUAUGGACGAACAUUGGUGAUGGGAAUAUCGUGA